UGUUUGUUCGUGUGCGUGAGAGUGUGUUUGACCUUGCACGUGUAUGUUAUCCCCCUCAGGAGAGUGUGUUUGACCUUGCAUGUGUAUGCUAUCCCCCCAGGAGAGUGUGUUUGACCCAGCACGUGUAUGCUAUCCCCCUCAGGAGAGUGUGUUUGACCUUGCACGUGUAUGCUAUCCCCCUCAGGAGAGUGUUUGACCUUGCACGUGUAUGUUAUCCCCCUCAGGAGAGUGUGUUUGACCUUGCACGUGUAUGUUAUCCCCCUCAGGAGAGUGUGUUUGACCUAACAUGUGUAUGCUAUCCCCCUCAGGAGAGUGUGUUUGACCUAGCACGUGUAUGUUAUCCCCUCAGGAGAGUGUGUUUGACCUAGCACGUGUAUGCUAUCCCCCUCAGGAGAGUGUGUUUGACCUAGCACGUGUAUGCUAUCCCCCUCAGGAGAGUGUGUUUGACCUAGCACGUGUAUGUUAUCCCCUCAGGAGCAGUAAAGAGUUGCUGCUGCAGCCAGUCAUCAUCAGUCGUAAUGACAAGGAGAAGGUUCUUAUCGAGGGCUCCAUCAACUCAGUCCGAGUCAGCAUCGCUGUCAAGCAGGCGGAUGAGAUUGAGAAGAUCCUUUGCCAUAAAUUCAUGCGCUUCAUGAUGAUGAGAGCUGAGAACUUCUUCAUCCUGAGGAGGAAACCGGUGGAGGGUUAUGACAUCAGUUUCCUCAUCACCAACUUCCACACGGAGCAGAUGUACAAGCACAAGCUGGUGGACUUCGUCAUCCACUUCAUGGAGGAGAUUGACAAGGAGAUCAGCGAGAUGAAGUUGUCUGUCAACGCCAGGGCCCGUAUCGUCGCAGAGGAGUUCCUCAAAAAUUUCUAAGAAAAUUCCCAAACAUUCCUUACGCUGAUCACGACCGUCAUCAUGGUUUCUGAGGGGUCCGUAUCACAGGACGGAGAGGGGGGAGGGGCAAACAUUGUGACCAGUCAUUCGCAAUGGAAAAAAGUAAAGAUGCAUCAGACCAAUGGGGUGUUGCCCUACGUCAUUGAGGUAUCCCUGUGCUCAGAAAUAUUGAUGUUUGUACAUACUUAAUAUUCACAGCCUCGUUUAAUUUCUGCCCUUUAGAACAAAGCAUUAAAUCAGGGCGGGUCCUUAAAAUAGAAUCCUAAUCAAUAUUAAUGAGCACAGGGAAAUGCAUGGAGAUUUCUGAUCAUUGAAACGAUUUCUUUUUUUAUAUAUAAAUAUUAUAUUCCGACUGUUUUGCUAAGUUUUUGUUACGACACCUGUUUCUUGUGUUAAUACACACAGAGCAGACCCUAUCAUUGAUGGAAAUGAUUGUGAUAAUAGUGCUGGCAGUGAUGAAUAAAUCCCUUUAUUGUU